CAGAGCGGAAGCAGAUUGACGCGGAGCCGCACAUCAACAGAACGAGUACAAAUCUGCGAUGAGUUUUGAGUGGCCCUGGCAGUAUAACUUUCCUCCAUUUUUUACGUUACAGCCAAAUGCUGACACGAGACAGAAGCAGCUGGCAGCAUGGUGCUCGCUCGUUCUGUCCUACUGCCGUCACCAGAAACUCUUCACUCUGGACGUCCUCGAGGCGCAGGAAAGCCCAGUCUUCAACAACAAGAAAAUCGAGAGAAAACUUUCAGUUGAAGCCAUACAAGUAGUUUUUGAAGAACUGAGAAAAAAAGGAAACCUGGAAUGGUUGGAUAAAAAUAAAUCAAGAUGUCUUAUAAUGUGGAGGAGACCAGAGGAGUGGGGCAAAAUCAUUUAUCAAUGGGUUUCCAAAAACGGCAUGGUCAACUCAGUGUUUACACUUUAUGAACUCUCUAAUGGAGAUGAGACAGAAAAGGAAGAGUUUCACGGUCUGGAGGAUUGGAUGCUGCUGCGUUCACUGCAGGCCCUGCAGGCUGAAGGGAAGGCAGAAAUCAUCACUAUGGAUGAUGGAAAGGGUGUCAAGUUCUUUUGAAUCAGGCUUUCUCAAACCAGACUUUGGGAGGGUGCUGGGUUUCCGUCAGCCCAGCAUCAUCUAUUGUCUCAGUCCACUUGGGAUCUUUGUGGACUCUAUAUUACACUCCAAUACUAAAUCAGCAAGUCAUUAUUUGGCCCAAACUAAAUGAAAGGUCUUCCUUGUUGAAACAUGUUUCAAUUGGUGGUUUUACACCUGAGCAGACUAAAGAAAAUGCGAUUAGCCAUUAUGCAUACAAAGUAAUAUGUCAGAGCAAAACUAAGGAAUAUAAGUAUCUUAAUCUAGACCCAGAUUCCACUUCUUUUAUUGCUGUAAAUCCUGAAGGACUCUCAUUCUACUUGAAUAUUAAAUAACCACAAAGCCAGAAGAUGGUCUGCUAAUCUGACACUGUUUUUAGGAGUCUUGUGAUGCUUCCUGGUUAAGAUGAAAUGUUCUUCAGUAAAUGUCUUGUUCCUGAUGGCAGUGGAAUUCAUAUCAAUAUCUUGCUGAAAUCUGGUAGCAUUCUCCUUUCCCCCAGCUUUCAUUGUAUCUUAUCACCUUUUUUACCAAUACUGUACAAAUAAAUGAGAAAGACGUUUUCAGUUCUUUCCUGCAAACCC